CGGCCCGAGGGAAGGCGGCUUAAAGCGCGAGGGGCGCGGGAGGUGUUGCGCGGCGACCCGGCUCUGCUGCCGGUGGGGCAGCGGGCAUGGAGGCGAGCACGGCGGCGGCGGCCAACGGCUCGGCGGCCAACGGCUCGGCGACCAACCCCUUCGUGCAGACGGGCUGGCAGAUCGCGCUGUGGUCGGCGGCCUACGCGCUGGUGGUGCUGGUGUCGGUGGUGGGCAACCUGGUGGUGAUGUGGGUGGUGCUGGCCCACCGGCGGAUGCGCACCGUCACCAACUAUUUCCUGGUCAACCUGGCCUUCGCCGAGGCCGCCAUGGCCGCCUUCAACACGCUGGUCAACUUCACCUACGCCGUGCACAACGACUGGUACUACGGGCGAGCCUACUGUCGCUUCCAUAACUUCUUCCCGGUGACCGCCGUCCUCGCCAGCAUCUACUCCAUGACGGCCAUCGCCGCCGAUAGAUACAUGGCCAUUAUCCAUCCUCUGCAACCAAGGCUAUCAGCUGCAGCCACCAAGGUUGUCAUCUGUGUUAUAUGGCUCUUGGCUUCGCUGCUCUCAUUCCCUCAAGGAUACUAUUCCACCACUGAAGAGAUGUCUGGGCGAGUGAUGUGCUUUAUCGAUUGGCCACAAAAUCAGACCCAGUUCUCUGCAAUAACGUAUCAGGUCUGCAUCACUAUCCUAGCCUAUGUCUUGCCACUCAUAAUGAUAGCCUAUGCCUAUAUUACGGUGGGCAUUACCCUGUGGGCUAGUGCGAUACCAGGGGACUCUUCAGACCGCUACCAUGAACAGGUGUCUGCCAAGCGCAAGGUGGUCAAGAUGAUGAUCACGGUGGUUUUUACCUUCGCCAUUUGCUGGCUGCCUUACCACAUCUACUUCCUCCUGCAACUCUUCGAGGAUGAUAUGUUCUUGGAGAAGUACAUCCAGCAGGUCUACCUGGCCAUCAUGUGGCUGGCCAUGAGCUCCACUAUGUACAACCCGAUUAUUUACUGUUGUCUCAAUGACAGGUUCCGGGUGGGCUUCAAGCGGGCUUUCCAGUGGUGCCCAUUCAUCCAUGCCAGUGAAUACGAAGGACUGGAAAUGAAAUCAGCCAGGUACCUGCAGGUCCAGAACAGCCUCUACAAGACCAGCCGGAUGGAGACGACGGUCUCUUCCGUCACUGGCAACCCAGAAGAGGAACCAGAGGAUGGCAACAAACCCAGGCGGCCCUCCCUUGACCUGACCUCCAAUGGCUCUUCUCUCAGUGAUACCAAAACCAUCUCAGAGAGCCUGAGCUUCUAUUCCAAUACGCUUUCCUGAGCAAACACAUGAUUUAGCCACACUGUGACACCACUUCCAUCCCUCCAAUGAAGUCCCCCCAUCCCAGAACAAAUGGACCCUUCCUGUGGCUGCCCCAUGGGCUUUCCUUCUCCUUCCAAGGGGUUCCGUCCAAUGUUGCUCUUCUCCACUGGUCAUGGAUCCUGUGCCUUCCUUCCACCCAACCUUUCCUCCUCCCUCUGUCCAGGAUCUCUAGGCAGGGGUCAUCUGUCCAUCUCCUCUCUAUCAAGCUGCCAUUGUGGAAACAGUGAAUAUGAAUGAAACGUGUUUGAGGUUUUUUGGAGGGGUGUAAAUGAAAUAUAUACGAAGUUGGAGUUUAAACUUUAAUUUUUCUUGCAACUCAAUUCAAAAUCCAUUUCUACAACAGAACAUUUGAAUUUAUAAUAUUUUUAAUAGUAUUUUGUUCCAUUAGUGAACUUUCAGUUACUUUCCUUGAGUAACUGGUAUACUUCCAGGAUCACUUUUCUUCCAUCCAUUCGUCAGUGUUUGUUCCCGGGGUUGGAGGGAAGUCCUUGACUACCUCUAGUGAGGUGAAUUAAUUCUGUUUCAGGAUCUCUGCCUUUACCAUAAGAUACGGCUCAAGGCUCCAUUCAACAUUUUCUUAGGGCUCAGUCUCCUCGAUGAAAACAUUAGACUCAUUCAAUGUUGAAAAUCAGGCAAAGAAAGGUUCGACUGUUUGGUUUCUGUUAGCAAGAAAUGUUUCUUCUUUCAUAGGAAAAGAUUCUCAGGCAUAGCAGCCUUCCAGUCAUCCACCCAAAGCAUCAUCUGGAAUGUUCUAGAAUUUCCAACAGGAUUGUGGGAAUUGGCCACGACAUGUUUGAAUCUUCCUUGAAGUUUGUGCAUUCCAUGACUAGCAAAGCCGAGGGGAGGGGAGGCUGCCAACUGUCUACCUGCAAGCAUCAGGACUGAUGCCUCCUUGCAACACGCACGGCUUGAGCAGCUGGCAAAGGACCAAAACGAAUGUGUGAUUGUAAUGCAGCGCCUGCUUUGGCACCAAGCUCAUGUGACAGAGAUGAAUAGAUGCUGGCUUAAUAAGAUGGAACCAAAUAGCAUUUUAGAAAAGCUAUGUGGUAAUAAAAAUCGGAUAAAAUAAUUUAACAGGAUAGAAUCAAUUGUGGGUGAAAAUACAGCAGGCCCGUUUCAGCAUGAGCCUUAUGCUCUAUCACAAGGGGGCCAUCGGCUUCUCAAACAAGCCAUCUCUUCCAGUUAUGGAGAAAUUUUGAGGCUACAGGAGAGACACACAAGUCUCUUGCCACGGCUGGAGUGCUGCAUCAGCUCCUGCUGACGAAUGUGAUCAUAAUAGCACAAUAUUAGCUCUGUUGCAUACAAGAGGAUGGGAUGAAGACUUGCCGAAGUCAGUAUGAAAAAUCUUCUCUAACGAGAUGACAAACUAGUCAGUGAUUCAGUUACCUGCUAUCUAACUUCAAACAUAUGUGUGUCUGCAUCCACCUACAAUACCUUUAUAACAAAACUCUUGUGUGGCAAAAUAUUUUUCAUUGCAUACUAUGUUAUGCAACUACAUGGUAGCUAGGAGAUAUUUGCUGAUUGUCCUGAAAAAUGGUACAACCUAGUUUUCCACAGACACAAAGCUGAGCACAAGUUGCCCAAAACCUCCUAUAGUAUUUCCACAAAUGGCCAAAGAUCAACAUCACAGAAUAUCACUUUACCCAUUAUGCCUGCAUCAAGGGCCUCUUGCAAAUACGCAAUAAAGGAAAAGGCCCAGACCAUAAUACAGGCCAGAGACUUGCUGAUGUCCCUGGGCAGAGCUGGUCUGUGUAUCCAUUUCCUGUGUUUCUUGAUCUUCCAGCAACUUUGGAGAGUGUUGUUUAGACGGUCCUUCCAGAUUGGCCGCAUGUCUUGGAAGAGGGUGCCACCAUGUUGCAUUGGUUAUCCUACUAUCUCCUUGAGUGAUUUCAAUUGUUGUUCAGUGGUAAGAUUUUUGUGAGGUGCCUCAGGGCUGACGGCUUUUCAUCCAUCUAGGUGAGUCUGCUGGAUGAGAUUAUUCAUGAGCUUGGGGUUUGUUGUCAUCAGGUUGAUUAUGACACCCAACUCUACAUCUCAACUGUGGGCUAUUCAAGUUGAAGCCCCCAGACAAAUCCCAAUGUCUGGAAGCUGCAUAGGUCUUGAUGGUGAAGAGAAGUUCAGGCUCAAUCCUGAUAAGACUGAUUAUGAAUUUUGGGGUUUUUGAUUUAUAGUAUUGGAAAAGGCUGUACUUCCCCAUUUCAGACUGAUGCACAAACUUGGUGUCUUCUCCAAUGCACUCUGCAUGGAGCUGCCCUUGAAGAUCAGCCACUGGUCCAGAACAUGGUGGUGUGUGGAGUGAUGUGCUCACUGUUCUGUGAGCUGUGCUGAUUGCCGCUGGGCUUCCAGGCUCAGUUUAAGAUGCUGGUUACAAGCCUCUCUUCUAUAAUUUCUGCCCACUCAGUAAAAUUUGGCAGAGAGUACAUUCAAGGUUCCUUUGGUUAAACGAUGUCAUUUGUUGGGGCCCUGAAAUGUGCCUUUUCUAUCAGAGCACCUGCCCUCUGGAAUAAUAUCCACUUACAAAUGGAUAAGGCUCCCACCCCAUUAAUGUUCCAGAAACCUUUCAGAAGCUGGCUGUUCCCCCAGGACGGGGUGGCUGCCGAAGCCCUCUGUGUAAGCUCUUCUUUUUCUGUUUCACUUGGUUUCUCUUCUCUUCUGCCUGUGAGCUCUUUCUCCGUUCCUAUUGUGCUGCCUGCUAAAGGGGACACUGCCCAGAGUCAUUUGAAGUUGGGUGGACUCAUCAAUAAACAAACAAACAAAGCAAGCUGUCAAGCAAGCAGUUGACAGCCAUCACUCAAUGACCAGGCACAGGAUAUUUGGACUGCUGCAUGACAGAACAAUAGUUAG